GGAGAGAGAGAGAGAGAGAGAGAGAGAGAGAGAGGAGAGAGAGAGAGAGAGGAGAGAGAGAGAGAGAGGAGUUCUGGUCUUCCCUGCUUCCACAUCCGUCAAGACUCAACAACUGAAGUCAGAGGGGAGGAAAUCACGAGAGGCCGUGCGCGCGUUGCUCCUCGGUUUUCGCGUGGUUCAACGGGAUUAGACCGUGCCGUACGAGGUCGCGGGCAGACGGAUGUACCGACGGACGCCUGCCCUAAAGUUGGAUACCGAAAACUGAGAGCAACGUUUAUCUCUAGUAUCUCACAGGAGGAAACUGAGGCGACAGCGCGAGCCCCGCGUAUAACUGCGUUUGGAGCACCAUGAAGCUCCCGUGCUGGAUUACACUGGCGCUGCUGCUGGCGCAGACCGCACUGGCUCAGCGGAGCAAAUCACGGCCGGUGGACGAGGAUAGUUCUGGAGAUGUGCCGUAUGAUGACGAAGACUCCUUCUCUGGUUCUGGAUCUGGCUUUCCAGAUAUAGACGUUAGUCCGACCGGAGCAGGUGUGUCUGUCACUACAGAGGAGCCCCUCCCACUUUCCACAACACAGGCCACUGGCCCCGCCCCCUCUGCCUCCCCAGCUGCGGAGCCCAGUAGGCCACCACCACCUGAGGUAGAACGAGAAAGCGGAAUGGGACAAGAAGACAGGGACACCAAAUUAGAGAUUGAGAAAAAGUGGGAGGAAGAAAUGCAGAGGCCAAAGGAGCAGGACGGAGAAUCUGAGAGGGAAAGAAAAUGGGAAGUGCAGGAAGGAGAAUGGGAAGAAGAGAAGUCAAAGGCUACAGUCGUACCUCGGCUUACUGAAGUUCCCAUGGUGGCUGUGGACUCGACCACAAUUCUGGAUGAGAGUACAGUGGCUCCUAGUGACUUGGAGGACCCCAGCACCACAGAAAAAGAUGAUUUGUUCAACACUACAGAAAUUACCAUAUUGGAGCCAUCCAGCACUACGCAAAUGACAGAUGACAUCACGACCACCGAGGUGCUACCCACCACUGUUGCAUCAACCACGGCUAAGCCCACCAGACCGCGUCCCGUCCCGACCACUCCCAGCACCGCUCCCCCACGACCCCGGCAACCACAGACCACCCCCAGUAGAGCCGCCCCGACCGAGAGCAGUACACAUUCAGUGAUGAGCUCGACAGUACAGACACAAACACCAUAUGAGACUGUAAAUAAUGAAGUCGCAGGAGCAGGUCCAAGUGGUGAUUUUGAAAUCCGAGAGGAUGAAGUUCGCCAAGGCAACGAGGUCGGACGAGGCAAAGCGGCCCCGGGCGUACCAGCAGAGCCCGAUUUGACUGGCAACACAGUAGAUGCAGCUGGAAGUUCAGCUGCUCAGCUUCCACAGAAAAACAUUCUUGAGCGGAAAGAAGUUUUGAUAGCGGUGAUUGUUGGAGGUGUAGUGGGAGCACUCUUCGCCGCCUUCCUCGUCAUGCUACUCGUCUAUCGAAUGAAAAAGAAAGACGAAGGCAGCUACACACUGGAGGAGCCCAAACAAGCCACCGUCACCUACCAGAAGCCCGACAAGCAGGAAGAAUUCUAUGCCUAACGUCUACACAUUUAUUCUCCCCCAUUUGUCCAACCUUUUGCCAUCUCUAUCUGACCCUGACCCUUCCCCCAACCCCCCCGCCCCUCGUCGUCUCUUCCUUUCCUUUGAUCCCAUUCUGCCCUCGUUUCUCAUGAGAGUGCCUCUCAUUCCACGGACUUGGAACUUUCUUUUCCAAAAAAAAAAACUGAAAAAGAUCAACGUAGAAAAAAAAUGAAGGGGCUGUGGGCGGGGCUGUUGGUGGGGGUGGGACGAAGCCUACACAAAGAAAACACUUUUUUUAAGAACAUGUUAUUGUUGAUAUGUUUAGGAUUGUCGUUCUAUGAAAUUAAGACCUGAAUCUUUUUUUUUGUAAAGUCACUGCAUUUCAAAUGUGUUUCUGCACAAUAUUUCUCUUGGACAGAAAAUAUGGGAAUAAAAAUAAUAAAAAAACAGCAUGAAAAUAUGAGGAGGAGAAAAUAACCGAGAGGGGGUCAUGGAGAGAUCGUGCAGGUCAGGCGGGAGGGAAAAUAAGAGUUUAGAAGCAGCGGGAGAAGCUCUUCUGUCACCAAGGUCAGUGAUCCAACGUGGUUUGGUGCCUUCCAUUUCCCUGGUGCUAGAAACUGAGCUUGAGCAGAGAGUGACGUGUUUGAGUGUGUGUGCUCAUGCAUAUGUGUGUGGUGUAUGUCUAAGGUGCCCCUUGUGACCUAGACGCACACACAUACGCAGAUGCACACGCAGCCUGACUCCCUCUGCUGGCGAGAGCGUGCAGGCCCUGAUGUCUGUUGUGUUUGGCGCAAGGGAACCCGAAACAUGUACAACGUAGACCACAGCACACAAAACACUGCAGAUUUGCUGUGAAGGGAGCGCAUGCAUAGAAUCGGAGGACUAGCCUCUCCUCUGCUCUGUAUAAAGACUUUAGUAAUCAAUAGUAAUAAUCAAUAAUAUAUCAGCAGCUCUGAAUGGAAGGAAAAUGGUGAUCAUAAUAUUCGUAGUGAAGGAUAUUAUCUAUUUAGCUGUGUGGUAAGGUUUUUAUCGGUGUAAAUAUCAACUUCACUUUUGGUUAUAUCAUACUUUUAACCAUGCUAUUGUACUAAAAAGUAAACACGCUAUUUGAUGUCCACCCAAACACAAAUGCAGUGCUAUUGAAAUCUACAUAAAAGGUUUUUUGUAACAUUGUGAACCAUUUUUGUCAGUACAUUCCAGAGAGGUUAUAUCAGCCAAGAGGAGUACAGGCUGUAAGGUUUUGGUAUUUAAAACUGAUAAGGUUGGUCUCUGGUUUUUGUUUUGAAAGCACAAACUCACAAGGUUAAUACUGCCCACUGUCAAAAUACACUCGAAUACAGAUUUGCACAUUUUCACUGAGAAACACACACACCACAAUUCUGUUAUUUGAGAGCUCCAGAUCUUUCUGAUAGGACGACACAGAAAAGUGCUGAUAAGAUUGUUAGAUUGGGUUUGUGUUGAUAGAAUGGGAGGGGGAGCUGGAACAUUAUCGCAGAUUCGAGGCAAACAUUAAAUUAAUGGUACAGGCAAAUGUUUUUGACAACAUGUCUAACAUAAAACUAUCUGAGCCGAGAGCCUUUAAUGGAGCAAGAAGUAGCGUGAUAUCAGUGGAUGAAUAUUGUUUGUUUUUGUUGAAAUAUUAUUUCAGUGUGAUGAAUUCGUUUCAUCGAAAACGACAAAAAAAUGCAUGAAUUAGCAAUAACAAGCUAUCAACAACAGAAUGCUCACGUUGUCGCGUGACGCUGCGGUUGACGUGCUCAGAAUGUAUGCGUGAUGUCAGUGGUGCUCGCAGCUGAAGCACAUGAUGUUCAAUGCUGAAAUUGUGAAACCUGUCUUACCACAUAUCAUUUAAUAUUUUAACAUAAUUGUAGAAUGGAAGGCUAGACAACACGCCCAUUUAUAAACAUAUCGCAAAGCUGAGGGUGAAACCAUUAAUGCACUGGAACAUGACAUCAAAUAACUUCCUGCUGUAUCAUAAAUCAUGCAUUUAGAAUGCAUGGUAAAGAUUUUUUAUGUGAGAAACACACCCACCAUAUUCAAACAGCUGAGUACGCGCGUACUAGAGCACAAAGACUCCACGCUGUUUUGUUUGAUUCAUUUUAGGGGGGUUGGGAACAUCUGAGAUGAGGUUGCAUCUAUAUGGGGUGGAUGUGCUUCAAUCUAAUAUUGUAUUGUCACACCUGUGCAACUGUACCUGUAGCUUAAAUAUUGUGCUCUGAACUGUAUGCUCAUGUCUUUACAGUGUGAAAGAGUGUGUAUUGUAUGCUUGAGUAUUUGCCUGAAUCUGGAAGUUUGUUCCCCUCCCCUGUAGCUCUUCCAUUGUGGAGACAUAGGCUACUGUCAUCUUCCCACACUAAAAAUACUAUAGUACAAGAUUGCACAAACUCAUAAAAACAUUCUUUUUUUAUCUAGCGUCACUGUCUGGGUCUUCUAAAUAGGACCUAGGGGAUUUUCUGACCUGUCACAGCAUAUCGAUGCUUGAAUUAUAGCAAAACUGAGAAACUCUUUUCCUGUCUUAAAUUGCUCAAGUUUUCUCUAUUCUCAGUUGUGUCUAAGGCCCUAACACAGUCACAGCAAAAUGCUAACACCUUAGCAAUCAUUUGUGUUCUUUUUUUAUUGAAAAUUGUCCGGAUUAAUGGAAAUGAAUAACGCAAAACAACUGCAAGCCAACAAUUAGUGUGUACAUUUCAGGUUUUAAGACAUGAUGAUUGUUUAACAAGAUUUUUUGUAUAAAAUUUGACAAAAAUAGGCUUUUUCAAGCUGGUGCUGGUGGUUACAUUUUGAUCGCAAUGUUCGCAGCUUUUACACCCAAUUCUCCUUACAGGUGACUAUACACGCCCCACAUCCCAACAACAAACGUGCACCCGUUCAAUUUUUGGAGGUCACUGUGUUAACAUUGUGGAUGUCAGUGAAACUUUUAAGUUUGCAUUGCUGUCUUUUCUACUCAUUUUUACCUGUAAUCUGCCACUCUUUUUAUUCAUAGCCAAAUAUGAGGCGGGCCUUCCUGUGUCUGUGCCAAUCACAGACCAGCACGGUCCUGGUCUGAUGGUCGCCCAGCGUGGUUUCAUGCACAUUUUUUAAGAACUUAUGUUUUUUUCAUUGGUUGAUUUGUGUAUAAAGAGACAAAGUUCUGUCACUAAUAUGCCACUCUAUUCUAAAUAAAAACCUGGUUGGUUA